AGGCGGAUCCACGUGCCUCCCGGUGUCCCCACGUGCCCGGUGUCCCCUCCCUCCAUCCCUCCCUCUGUCCCUGCCGGGCCAUGGCGGGGGCGGUGGCGGCCGCGGGAUCCGCCGAGCAGCUCCAGGAGCUGCUGCAGCUCCGCGACAGAUCCCUGGUAGUUGUCCAUUUCUGGGCACCAUGGGCUCCUCAGUGUGCACAGAUGAACGAGGUCAUGGCAGCACUGGCCAAGGAGCACACACAGGUCACCUUUGUGCAGUUGGAAGCUGAAGCUGUGCCUGAAGUAUCUGAAAAAUAUGGAAUUAGUUCUGUCCCAACGUUUUUGUUCUUUAAGAACUCCCAGAAAGUGGACAGGCUGGAUGGUGCCCAUGCCCCCGAGCUGACCAAGAAGGUGCAGCGCCACAUAUCCGGCACGUCCCUGUCUCCCUCCUCCAGCGACAGCGCCAAGGAGGAUCUCAAUGCACGUCUGAAGAAGCUCAUCAACGCUGCCCCUUGCAUGCUCUUCAUGAAGGGCUCUCCCAAAGAACCUCGCUGUGGUUUCAGCAAGCAAAUAGUGGAGAUCCUGAACAAACAUGGUGUUUCCUUCAGCAGCUUUGACAUAUUUUCUGAUGAAGAAGUUCGUCAGGGACUCAAAACUUACUCGAAUUGGCCAACUUACCCUCAGCUCUACGUGAAUGGAGAGCUCAUAGGGGGGCUGGAUAUUAUCAAGGAACUUGAGGCAUCUGGAGAGCUGGACACGAUCUGUCCCAAGGCCCAGAAGUUGGAGGACAGGCUUAAAUCCUUGAUAAACAAAGCUCCUGUGAUGCUCUUUAUGAAGGGAAACAAACAGAUGGCAAAAUGUGGCUUCAGCAAGCAAAUUAUAGAAAUUAUGAAUAACACUGGCAUUGACUACGAGACCUUUGACAUCCUGGAAGACGAAGAGGUGAGACAAGGAUUAAAAACCUUUUCCAACUGGCCCACGUACCCCCAGCUCUACGUGAAAGGAGAACUGGUUGGAGGGUUGGACAUUGUGAAGGAGCUGAAGGAAAGUGGUGAAUUGCUGCCUGUGCUGAAGGGAGAAAAUUAAUGGGGAAGGACAUCAGUGGGAAGAGAAAUCCUUGGAACAAUUACUCAUUUAGGGAUUCUAUUGGAGCAAUAUACAACUUAGCCCUGUGGAAUAUCAGGAGUACAGAAAGAUAGUAAAUAAAUACUCUCUGUAUUUCACCACAUUUAAAAAUGUGUUUUAACUGGAGAGACAAAAAUGUCAAUUAAAAUCUAAUGCUCCAGAA